GUCGACAUUGGAGGAAGCUUCUAGGGUAGUUCGUUAGUGGGUGACAAGGGUCCUCAAAUCGUACUAGGGCAGCCGACACUCCGCCACCUCCUUCUCGCCUCCAAUCGUCCCGAGUCUCUGCGUCAAAAUGUUAUCAGAAACCUAUAGCCAUUACAGUGUUGUCGCUCCGACCUUAGCGAAAUCAUUUAUCGACACCGUCGUCUGGAGUGACCCAACUGCUUUAUCAACCGGUCAAAAUCCAAAGAUUCCCACUCCGUGACAGCGUGUGAGGGUGCUUCAGAGAGCGGCAAACAACUGUACGUACGUUUAAGAGAAGGCCUUCUCAGGUUCCAGAUCCUUUGUCAUGAGAGAGUCUACGAAAUCAAGUAUUAAAACACAAACGCGGAGGCCGAACCCGAAGGUCAGGACUGGCUGCGAAACUUGCAAGAUUCGGCGAAUAAAGUGUGAUGAGGCGAAGCCUCAUUGCCUAAGAUGCACAAGCACAGGAAGAAAGUGUGAUGGGUACCCAAACUCGCCGGCCGGACGCAGCUUCGUGCAUUUUAACCAGACUACCAUCAGCUCUCUUACCAAGGUGGACAAGUCUCUUCACUCUUUGGCUGGGAGCCCUGAAGAGUCACGCUAUCUAGAGUACUAUUUCCAUCGUGCCGGUCCUAGGCUAUCUGGAAACCUCGACUCGGAUCUUUGGAUGCGAAUAGUGCUCCAAUUCGCUUCUGCAGAGCCAGCUAUACGACAUGCAACUAUGGUCAUAAGCUAUUUGUACGAGAGACGAAUUGAACAUCAGCAAGCAGCAUCCCCGCUUGCUCUUGCUCUCCCCGCUAAAGGAGAGAGGUUCUUCUUGAAACACUACAACGAGGCUAUUAGAUGUCUAGUCGCUCGUAUGCAGACAAGGUCGAACGCCUUAGAGAUAUCUUUGGUCACCUGCAUGCUUUUCGUAUGCAUGGAGAUACUACGCGCUGAGCAGAGCAAAUUCGCUAUGGCACACUUCUUGAGUGGUCUGGACAUAGUAGCGACUCUUCGAGCUCGAAAACGUCUUGGUCUACCUUCAGCUUCGCAAAAGUUACUCACUUCACCAGAUAGCCCCACUCUUACUUUCGUGGAAGACAAGCUGGUCCCAGCUUUCGCACGAUUGACCAUGACAGCUCUACUUUUCGGUCACAGAGCACCUCAACUCUACCUGUCCCCGUCGUCAACCACGUCUGGAUUACUUCUCAGUAUACCGCCAACGUUCUCUACCUUCCACGAAGCCCGUCUUUCGCUCUAUGACAUCAUGAACCUCGCCUUAAUGUUCAUCCAUUCCAUUAAUUGCAAGAAAUACGAACCCUCCGGCUUUCUCCCCGGCGACCUCGACCACCACCGCCAUUUCUGCGCCCUCAUCCCCCAAUGGUCCACCGCCUUCGAAGCCUCCACCGCCACCAUCUGCACGACGCCCUCCCUCCGCGAAUCCAGCACCGUCCUCCGCAUCCUCUACACCGUCACCCACAUCUGGUUAAUCUGCUGCAUGGACCCCACCGAGAUGGCCUACGACGCCCACCUCCCCGCCUUCAAACACGCCCUCGUCCUCUCCACCCAGAUCCUCGAGUCCGGCACUCUAGCGACAGAAACACCGACCACAUCCUCCUCCUCCUCCUCCUCCGCCUUCUCGUUCGAGCCCGAACUCAUCCCCCCCGUCUACUUCGUCGCCCACCGCUGCCGCGACCCGCACACCCGGCGCGACGCGCUCGCCCUACUGCGGCAGUACCCGCGGCGCGAGGGGCUCUGGACCACGUCGACCAGCGCGGCGAGCGUGGCGCGCAUCAUCUUGCGCGAGGAAGCGCGGAGCGGCGGCGAGGGCGGGGCGUGGCCGGCCGAGGAGAUGCGGAUCCACGAUGCGGUGUACUCGGACGAGGCGCCGGCGCUCAAGGCUGCGUUCUACGCGGUGCCCGGGGGCAGGGGCACGGAGAGGGUGGUGUGGGGAGAGGAGAUGGAUUUGAUGCGGGAGGAGCGGGUCACGAGGGAGGAGUGGAGGGGGGUGUGGUAGGAGGUAGCAAGUAGUACAGCACCAAGACAUGAGUUUGAGCACUCUUUGGGACUGCUUGGGGGACUCUGAUAGGCUUUUAAACCUCGAAAUAGGCUGUGAAAGGCAAUAUAGUGGAAAUUAGACUAUCUUUUGAUGUAGCUAGUAUCUGCUACCUGGGGUGCUCCUUAUAGUGGUGUCGAGCGAGCAAGAGUGGAAUUGUAGCAGUCGUACAUCCGCGUUCCUAAACUUAUGACCUAGUACUGUAUACUGGAGGGCCUCAAGUAGCUGCAAGCCAGUGUAUGAUACAGUAAUACUAAUAACUACAUAAGUUUGGGCACUCCUUGC